AUUUAGCUAAAAUGUUAGCAGUUACAUCCAGCGGGUCUUUAAAUUAAAAUACCCUGCUGCUUUUGCUAUGCAAUCCUUACGUGGGAGUUUCUUACAAGCACUCGAUUGUCAUUUUAAUGAGUUAAUCUUGGCUGAAAAAAAAAAUCAUAUUGAUCUAUUAACUCCACUGACUAGGAGGCAGAAAUCAGCCCUACACAGACAGGCAGUGUUGUUGCAUCUUCCCAUGCUCAGAGCUUCAAAUGCUGUAUUUAUUUCUAAUCACGUUAUGCCGGCUUGUUAUUUUGCAUGGAAGGAAAACGGAUUACUCUCCGGGGGAAAUACAAAUCUUAUUGGAUUUACACAAUAAUUACAGAAAGAGAGCAGUCCCAGAAGCAGCUAACAUGAUGAGGCUGGAGUGGCAGGAUGAGCUGGCCAGCAUGGCUCAAGACUGGGCUGAUCUGUGUGGUUUUGAGCAUGGGCACCCCAAGAGAGACGAGCUUCCAUUUAAUGGAAUCGGACAGAAUCUGAACAAAUUCACAAGCACCAAUCCUGCUCGCCUUAAUUCAGUUGAAGCCCGGACCGUGCAGGCAGUACAGGCUUGGUGGGAUGAGGAGAGAUGGUAUAACUAUGAAAGCAGCAGUUGCACUGGACCCAUCUGUGGACACUAUACACAGCUUGUUUGGGCAAGAACACAGUACGUGGGCUGUGGCUAUUUGAAUGGCUCGAGAUGUCCUGGAAUGUUUACCUAUGUUGUCUGUAACUACGGUCCAAUGGGAAACAAAGGCUUGGAUCCAAAAGUACCGUACAUAAAGGGAAAGGCCUGCUCAAAGUGCGACUCUGGCCAUGGCUGGUGUGAGGAUGGAUUGUGCAUUGAGUGUCCAGGUGGCAACUGUGAUUGCCCGUUACAGUGUAAAAACUGUGGAGUCCUGAACCAGAAAAACUGCAGUUGCGCCUGUGCUGAGGGAUGGGACUACGCUGACUGCUCAGAGGCAUGUGAGAACUCAGACUCCAGGUUCUGUUCUACGCUGUAUGAACCAAACUGUGGCAUUAUACGACCAGAGCUUUGCCGAGCUCAGUGUAGACACUGUGCUCCUUUCAGAAAUACAACAAACACAAGGAAGUGCUGUGCUGGAAAGAUCUGCCACAACAAGGGAUACCUGAACACUGAAGGCUGCCAUUGUGUCUGUAAAAAUGGAUACUCUGGGAAUCACUGUGAGCAUGGAGCUGGAAAUAUAAUAGGAAGCUGUUGGAGUCUGUUGCUGGUUUUAGCCUUGGUGUCUUUACUGUAUCUGUUGAACCUGAACUGCUAAUCAGCGAUGUCCCUAAGGUUUUAUAACCACACUUUCACACUUCAACUUCAGUAUAAAUGGACUCCAGUGACAGGUCCUGUACUUGAAUAGUUCUGUAGGUUACAGAACCAGAACUAGAACCCACCCAAGGCAUUUUUGAUGCAGAUACAAAGAGUGCACUGUUAGAUGGAGAUUUUUUUUUGCCCGCAGUGCAUUAAUUAUAUUGUUAUCGGUACCCAGUCUUACCCUGUACCUAGCCUGGUAUAUACAGUAUACUCUACCUAUUGUGGUUGUUGUGUGGAGGUUGUCUGACAGUUUUGCUGGAGUGAUUGUUCAAGGGCAAACCAUGUUUCUUCAUACUCUAAGGAGUGAGAAAGGAUUUUUAUUACCGUCUAAUUUAGUUCCUUCUUUAAAACGGAAAACAAUUUAUGUCCCCCAGCAAUAAUAACACUAUUAUUUCAUUAUAUUUUUAACCAGAAAAAUCUUUUUUUACACGUAAAUAUUACACUUAAUGUCAUCUUUGAACCCUCUUUAUAGAGUUUAGAUAGUGUCCAGUAGGCUCCUAAAUUGCAGGUGUCAAAGCAUCUCCUCCACCAAAGUCUAUCAGAUCUUCUGUCUUGCCCAUCAUGACCAAAAGUGACUUGGAACAGGCAAAUUCUAUGUUUUUGUAUAUAUAUAUAUAUAUAUAUAUAUAUAUAUAUAUAUAUAUAUAUAUAUAUAUAUAUAUAUAUAACAGAAUGCCAUUAUAUACCAUAGGAACAUUCAAGUGCUUGAAGCAAAUUAAAUAAUUCCUGAACAUUUGCAGUUUUUAAAUAUGCAUGUUAUAGCAGCCAUGUGUUUUCUGUUUAAUACACUAGCUCUGCUAUAGGCUAAAGAAGGUUCUCAGUUUGCUUGCCUAGUGUACAAAGUUUGAAGUUUGAGUUACUACUGUACCAUUAUAUUUUCUGACUGUGUGUCCAUAUAACUGUGUUAGAAACAAAGAUGUGACAAAUGUGUUUUUUUUUGUGCGGUGUUAUACAUAAUUUCACAUAGAGCACCACCUUCAAUCCAAAAUUAACCGACAACAAACAUGACUGUGUAUAGUUAGGUAUUAAAAUGAAGUUUCAAUUGGAUUUAAGGUGGCACUCUAUGGGCAAUGUUGUAUAAAACCUCCACAAUCUGCACAAAACUGACUGGAGACACCUUAAAAACCAUUCAAAGUAAUCAGUGAGUUUCUUCAAUUUCAGAAACCAUCCUUUUAAAGCUGAAUUAAAAAAAAAAGGUGAAGUGCCCCAUCAGCUUAUCUUACGUUUCUGUUUCAAUUGUAUCAGUAUACAAAAACACUGUUAGCAAAAUCAUAACAUUUUCCAAGACUGUGUUUGAGAACUGUUAUGAUUUAGUUUCUUCUUCUGUUGUUGCUUUUGUACACUAAUUUGGUUUGUAUUAAGUUAUGCACAUGCUUUAUUCUUAGUUUAUUUUGAUUUGUUUUUUAACUCGUUGAUAUACAUGUAUUUACUUACUGUAUACAAGGAUAGUACUGAUGUUAAUUAGCUAUAAUUAGGUGUUUUGGGGAGUGUAGUUCCAUUUAGAAAUGUGGGAAUGAAACAAUUAAUUAAUUAUGUGGAACACGAAACAACCCCAUUUACUCCCCUGAGUUACACCUGCAGUUAACAAUUAUAACCUGCUACUGCUGCAAGAAUAGUGGCAGGGGCAUGUGUACUUGAAACUAAAACCAGACCUAAGAUGUAAUAAAAACUGGAAAAAUCUAUUGUUUCUAUAGAAAUACAGUAUAGUGCAGGCUAAACUUUAGACGAGUGUAAUAAACAGACACUAAAUAAUAUCGUAAUGUAUAAUUUAAAAUAAUUCACCAGAAUAAGUUUGCAUCUGUGUUUUUUUUUCAGGACGCUGAUACAGUACAGAUUUUCUCUUUACAUAUGUUUGAAUAUUAAUGAUUCAGCAUUCCUUGCUUGUAUCACGCGUGUGAUAGAGUAAAAACGUGUGCUAGAACUGAGCUCUGUAAAAAGUGAAAUCAGUAGUCAGCACACAGACCGCUGUGAAACCCGUAGAAUAAUUACGUCAUAGUUUCUGCAAAUCAUAUCUCAAUGCAUGAAAAUAUAUAACACGUAAUAAAUGUUGUAUCAGAUUAUUAUUAUUAUUAUUAUUAUUAUUAUUAUUAUUAUUAUUAUACAAUAGUAAAUGUGUAUAUUAUGUCUGAUAUAUAUUUAAAAAACGAAUAUUUAUUUUCAUAUACAUUUACAUAUUUUAAUAUGUCCUAUAAGUGUUUCUUAUUCAAUUAUUAAGCACGUACUUCUUUCUCGCCUGCAUUAGGUAUAUCUUUUACAUAUUUCUGUGUUCCAUGCUGUAUUGGGAGUGCUCGAUCAUCAUUUCGCAGUUUAGUUGUAAUAUGGCCCUCCUGCCACGUGGGGGCGUAUCUGAAUGUCACAUUUAAUAAAACAACCAAAAUUAAAAGCAACAUUUAAAAAGAACGGAGAAAGGUCAGACAAUGUAUUUACAACAACGUCUUCAUAUAAUUUAUGACAUAAAAUGUGUUACCUCUACCUAUUUAAUAAAAAAGUAAAAACAAAACAAAAAAAAACAAACGUUUUUUCCUUCUCACCUGG